AUGUCUCUGAGCACUGAACACCUAGUACUUCUGGGCUCUCCAGGUUGGCUGCAGUUCUACAAAAUGACAGCACUGGAGGAUAAUGGGUUCCAGGGCAACACUUCAUUUGAGUGUGGUGUCUGCAGUACGGUCUGGCCUUUUGAUGAAGUAAGAAAAAUGGCUCUACUCACAGAAGAGGAGAAGGAUGCUUUUGAAGAUGCUUUGUUUUGUAACUUUGCCAAUCUAAAUCUAAAAACCCAAGAAUGCCCCGGCUGCAAGUCUCGUGUUAUGAGAGAAGACCCCAGUAACCUAUGUGUCCGAUGUCCUCAGUGCUCUGCUAAAAAUUUGAAAAAUUAUGAGUUCUGUUGGCAGUGUAGGAAAAAAUGGAAAGGCCUUAGUGUACUAAACUCUGACCGCUGUGGAAAUGAAGGCUGUGAAAAUCCAGAUCUGAGAAUCCUGAAAACAUGUCCAGAGAUUGAGUUUGCAGAUGUGUGUGGAGUGACAGGUUGCCCGUCUAUUCGUGCCUGUCCCACCUGUGGAAAACUCAUAGCACAUAACAGAGAGCAGUGUAAGAACAUCACUUGUCCUGAUUGUAAAGUGGAAUUCUGCUUUGUGUGUCUGAAAAUCACUACAGAGUGUUUGAAGACAAGUUCACAUUUCAUACCCUGUUCCAGUGGUGUGGCCCCCAGACAGACCUCCAUCCCCGUCAGGAGGAAUUAAAUUAUUGGCCCUGUAUUCCCCUUACAUAUAUACUGAGUCAGAACAAAAUCAUUAUAAAUCUAUUAUCAGAAAAAUUAUCAGAUAUUGCUUUUGUCUAAUCGUUACUAUUGUGAAAUGUAUUUAACUUUGUCCUUGUUUACAUUAUGGU